UCCCAGGUGCCCCUUGGUUCCCAUCGUACCGCCUCGCCGCACGAGAAGGAGCGGGAGGUGGCGGCUUCUCCGACGAACGAGAAGGAGCGGGAGAGGACAAUAACUCCGGAGUUUUGGGUGACGUUGGGUCUUCCGGCCGGUGCUGAAGACGGAGCAUCGUCUGCGGCCACAACAACGGUGAACGAGAUCCACGUUGGAAAUACAGCGUUCCUGUCCCGCCCGCUGGAGAUGCCUGCAGAAGAAGUAACGUUCCACGAUGAGGACAAAUUGGCAGCUCUUUUUGCAUGGGCUGGCAUGAAACAACUAGUCCGUGCACAAAUUCCCCAACCCCACACCGUUGCUUUCGGGUACAUUUACCAUACCCCAUACAUCGCGAAACUUCCGCCUUCUUCGCGGCAGUCCGUGUUCCAGCUUUUGUUCGCUCUCCGUCGUGCCACCUGUAAUAGAGGUCCUCAACGAACGUCGGUGGUGACACAAGAUCGAGGACUCCAGCUGCCUCUUGCUCGUGCUGCCUCGAACAACGACUUCAAGCACGAUCUGCAAGCCCCCCGGCAGCCCUCUUCACGCCCUGAACAUGGUUCUGGAGGGGACAGGGACUACAGUAGGUCGGCGGCUCCUGUGUCCAAGAGCUGGAAGAACCAUUGGGGUGACCAAGAUUCGACGGCCAAGAGCGGGACGGGCGACCACCGUCGCUCCACCCAGUCUUCGCGAGGGCGCGGCGUCGGAGAUAACAGGCGAGGGCGAGCCGUGGGGAACCAGCCUACCAGGUCUUCGCCGGCGAGUCGUCAUCGCCGGAGCAGGAGUCGGAGCGCAGAACGUCAACAGCGCACCAAUCCUUUGUCUAGGCGUGGGCGCAGCCGGAGCGGAGACCGUCGUGGGAGAAACACGCCUCCGUCUAGGCGUAGCCGCAGCCGGAGCCAGAACCAGAGCGGGGGCAAUAGCAGGGCGACCAGCACUGACAGCAGUCGCGGCGGAAAAGGGGGACGGAGGUCAGGCCACGGUAGCAGGCAAGUGAUGUAUGAUCGAGGUUGUGCCGAGCUCGAGCCGGGAGACGUUAUUGGAGUGUCUGCCGCGCCGCUUCUACGAGUACCAGUGGAAACCCUGAAGGCGGCACCAUCUUCGAUUCCCACCGGCCCCACAACAUCUACAUCACCACCUCGGGUCAACGCCGUUGGCCCCAAGUCCGGGACUCACCGCUCUCCGGACCCAGCCUCCGCCCCGCCUCCUCCGAAGCCGCCUCCACAAGAACUACUUGACCGCUUCUCUGAGUCACAGCGCCUGNCCGAUUUUGGUUCUUGCACCAUCAUGCCGUUCACUCUUUCUGUCCCAGCAGGGACGAAGCCCGUUGCAUCACGCCCGUAUCGUAUCAGCCCGUUGAUGCACAAGAAAGUGGAUGCCGUUUUGGACCAGUAUUUGGCGGCAGGACUUAUUCAACAUUCCACAUCGCCGUGGGCUUGUCCUUUAGUUGUCAUCCCCAAAAAGGACGGAUCGGUUCGCAUCACCGUCAACUACAAACGUCUAAACGCUCUGGUGGAUUUGGAUGGACAACCUCUCCCUCGAGUGGACGGUAUCUUGGAUUCCCUGUACUCCGGGAAAGUGUUCUCCAUCUUCGACCUCAACUCGGCUUUUCACCAGAUCGUUUGUGAUGAAGACACUGUCCCGCUCACCGCCUUUUGCACUCCCACGCAGCUGUUCAAAUGGCUUCGGAUGCCGCAGGGCGCCAACGCAAGUCUGUCUUGGUUCGUCAAGGUCAUCAACAGAGUGGUGCACGGUCUGGAGCGUGUGCUUGCUUAUCUGGACGAUGUCAUCUGUUUCGAUGAGGAACCUCUGGGACAAGUGCUGAACUUGAUCGAGUUCUUCAAACGACUGCGACAGUACAACCUCAAACUGUCUCCAGGGAAGGCUCGCGUCGGCGCCACGCACGCCGACUUUCUCGGUCACACCAUCUCUCCGGCAGGUGUUAGCCCUGAUGGCGUCAAGGGUAGGGCGCUCACGCACAUGACGCCGCCGACGAAUGUUAAGCGGCUUCGGAGCCUUCUCGGUGGACUAAGUUACUACCGGAAAUUCCUCAAGAAUCUCGCCACCAAGGUGCGGCCUCUCAACUCUCUUCUCAAACAAGGCGUCCCCUUCAAGCACACCCCGGGCAUGGUCACGGUUGUCAAAACGUUGUUAAGCGAACUCGCUCGCCCCCCGAUUUCGGUCUUCCCGGAUUGGGCAGCAAUCGAGGACAACAGCCGUCCUCUUCGUUUGUGUUCCGACGCGUAUAUCGACGGUUUUGGCGCCUCCUUGGAACAAGAACAGCUCGAUGGCUCGGUGAGACCCAUCGUGUACAUCAGUCGCGCUACUCGUCCUGCGGGGGGUAACUGGACCGUUUUGGAUCUGGAGGCUGGUGGCAUUGUUUGGGCCAUCAACCGCCUUCGCGGUUAUCUGUGGUCGACCAAGUUCAUCAUCUAUUCGGACCACAAAGCCUUGGAGAGCAUUGGUAAGGUUGGGGACCACAACGCUAGGGUGCAACGAUGGCUCGAAUUCCUGUCCAACUUCACCUACACCCUGAAAUAUCGGAAAGGUUCGGCAAACGGCAACGCGGGUUUACUUCGCGGUUGCCUUUACCAGCACAAAACACUGACAAAACCGGCCAUGACUGCAUUGAUGGUGUCGAUCAAGCGGUUGUUUUCCUCAUUUGGGCUUGCGGGCGCAACUAUCACUCGUCGUCUACACCGGAGGUCGCUCUCCAUGGCGAUCUACGAGGUGAUGAAGAUCAAGAAGGUCACCACCAGCUCCUACCACCCACAGACCAACGGCGGCACGGAACGCGUCAACCAAACGAUGGCCCAGAUGCUUGCGGUGGUCGUCAACGAACAGCAAAACGAUUGGGACAUAUCAUUGCACGUUGAGUUUGCCUACAACAAUUCCGUGAACCAGUCUACUGGAUUAGCGCCAAACGAGAUCCACAUCGGACGCAUCCCGCGACUCCCGCUUUCGGUCUUCGAUCAUCCCACGGUAGGUGGUCAUCAAAGCUUGGCCCGCGAUCAACUCGAGUAUUGCAACCUGGCUGUUUAUCGCCAGCGCCGGGCCUACGAACUUGUCCGUGAGUACAACGCGCUGAAGAUUUCGCGAGUCGAACGCUGUAAUUCAUCCCUGCUGGACGCCAUUCACAAGCUCCCUCAGUUUACCGUUGGCGGGUGGGCUUGGGUGUACAAUACGGCUGCUACAAUUCGACAGGGCGUGCAGAAGGACACGGACCAACAGGUGCUCAAGGCACGUUCCUAGACGGGGCCC